AUGAUCAUUAGCUUUUGGAACAUUAGAGGACUUAAUAGCCCUCUAAAGCAGAAUAAAGUAAUUCUUAGAGCUAUACAAAAUAAGAUUGAUAUUCUUUGUCUCCUUGAAACAAGAGUCAAAUCUGAAAAAUCUGAAGCUAUCUUUAACUCCAAAUUUUCGAGCUGGAAUAUAUGUACGAAUUACGACCAUGCUACCAAUGGCAGGAUAUGGGUGAUGUGGAGGAAGGAUUUAAAUUUUGCUAUAAUUCAUGUUGCUGACCAAAGUAUAACUAUUAAAGGUUCCUAUCUUGGAUUUUCAAUCUUCAUAUCGGCUAUCUAUGGAAGUAACGCUGGGAUUGCUAGAAGGCAAUUAUGGCAGCAGCUUAAAGAAGUCGGUGUUUUGGUUAAUCAUGAUCCCUGGGUUCUAGGUGGCGACUUCAAUAUUUUUUUGCAUGCUCACGAAAGUUCAGAUCAUGAUGUGCUUGUAAAUUAUAUAACCAUGGAUAUGAAAGAGUUUCAAGAUUUCAACAGUGAGAUGGAAUUACUCUAUCACCCUUACUUUGGGCCAACUUUUACAUGGAGUAACAAACAGAAGGAAUUUUUUCUGGCAAGAAAGCUUAAUAGAGUCCUGAUUAAUUUUGGCUGGGCUACUGCUUUUAAUAUUCCUUUGUGGAAUUUCUUGCCCCAGGAGUUUCUGACCAUUGUAUGGCCAUUACCUGGCUUUCUAAAACUGCUAUUGCAAAUAGGCUUAAACCAUUUAAGUUCUUCAACUGCUGGACUACACAUCAUGGAUUUUUGGAAGUGGCAUUUUAAUAAGGAUAACUUUAGCAGCAUCUCAGAUCGGGUAAAAGCUAAAAGAAUUGAGUUAGAGCAACAACAAAUUCUCUCCCUAAAAGGAGAAGAUUCUUUUGAAAAUGAAUUUGCUAUUCAAGAUGAGUUGAAGCUAUUGGAAGAGGCGGAAAGUUUAUUCCUUAAGCAAAAGGCUAAAAUCCAGUGGAUAAAGAAUGGGGACAAAAAUACUAAAUUUUUUCACUCCAUGGUGGCCUUGAAAAACAAGAGGGAUACCAUUAGAGUUCUUAUGGACGAAAGAGGAAAUAGGCUUGAUUCCUUUGACUCUAUGGCUAAAGAAAUGAUUAACUUCUAUUCGAAUCUUAUUGGAACUGUCGACCCCUCGGUUAAAGCUAUUGAUCUAAGCUUCAUCAAAACUAUUCUUAAUUUCAAAUUGUCCUACGAAGCUUCUUCUUCCCUUGUUAAAGAGAUUACUGGAGAUCCUCUUUCCCCUUAUCUCUUUGUCCUUGCUAUUAAUGUCUUAUCCAGUUUACUCAACCUGGCUGCUAGUAAGGGUUUAUCUGGUUAUCAUCCUAAAUGUAAGAAGAUAGGGCUCACUCACUUAUCCUUUGCAGACGACCUCUUGAUUUUCUGCAAAGGUAAUUCUGAUUCUGUUGCUGGCGUUCUCAGUGUCUUGGACCAUUUCAAAGAUAGCUCGGGCCUCAAGAUUAAUUCUUCUAAAUGUGAGAUAUUUCAUGCUGGAAUUUCAUCACUUUCAAUUGACGACAUCAAACAGAUAACUAGCUUCAAAAUUGGUCGACUUCCUAUCAGAUAUCUCGGAAUUCCUCUAGUCACCCGCAAGUUGAACGAGAAAGAUUACAAAAAGCUCUUAUUGAUAAAAUCAAGCAAAGUAUCCACCAUUGGUCUGCUAGGAACCUCAGUUAUGCUGGCAGAUUUGAGUUGA